AUGACGUGCAGGAAGGCUGUGUUGACAUUCUACGUUAGCAAAUUAGGCUGCUUGAAACGAGCGCAGAAGUGUAAGUACCAUGUCUCAGUUUCUGGUCAUUUUGGGUCCUCUGAAGCACAUUCUGCACCAUCAAACGACCGUGGACUGAAAGUGCAGUGUUCAUCUUCUCUGGACCCAUUUACAAAUGGUUCCAUUUUCAACUUCAGGAUAUUUUCCUUGGCCAAGAACGCACUAAGUUGUCUCCAAGUUCGAUACAUUCAGCAAACAAUGGCAAGGGCGGGCCACCAGAAACGAACACCUGAUUUUCAUGGUAAAUAUGGUAAUGCUGUAUUAGCUAGUGGAGCCACUUUCUGUAUUGCUGUAUGCACAUAUGCAGUGACACAAAUUGGAAUAGAAUGGAACCUGUCCCCUGUUGGCAGAGUCACCCCAAAGGAAAGGAGAGAUCAGCAAUCAUCCCAGCUGGUGUAA